AAAGUUUUAUUACUCCAUUUCAUUGGAUUAAACAACUUUACUCUCUAAACUCUACUAAAAAUACCUGCCGCUUGCAUAUAAUUGCAGUGUAUAACUAUGUUUAAAUUAGAUGAGAAACCUCGUGUAUUCCUUGAAGAAUUUCGCGUUAAGAAUGCCCCGGACGAUUAUGGAAUGGCCGAUGAGAAAUGGGAUUUUAAAAAGUUUACUAAGAAGUUUCGUAUUGUUAUUGUUCGUAUGGAUAAAUGGGAAAUGGAAUUUGAUUUGAUCGGGUUACAGCCAGCUUUCGCCAAUGCUUUUAGGAGAUUGAUGUUAAGUGAAGUUCCUAGCAUGGCAAUAGAAAAAGUUAUGAUACGAAAUAACACUUCAAUUAUUCAGGAUGAAAUAUUAGCACACAGACUUGGCUUAAUUCCACUAAAAGCUGACCCAAGAUUGUUUGAAUACCGUUUAGAAGGUGAAUCUGAAGCAUCAGAAUUUGAUACAUUAGAAUAUUCAUUAAAAGUUAAAUGUACAGCCAAAUCUCAAAACAAGGAUACAUUUAAACCUGAGGACUUAUAUGAGAACCACAAUGUUUAUUCAUCACAAAUCAAAUGGCAGCCAGUAGGAAACCAAGCAUCCAUCCACAAGGAACAAGAUGUUGGUCCUGUACAUGGAGAUAUUUUACUAUCUAAAAUGAGACCAGGCCAUGAGCUGGAUUUACAACUUGUCGCUGUAAAGGGUAUAGGAAAGGAUCAUGCAAAAUUUUCACCAGUAGCAACUGCAACAUACAGACUAUUACCAGAGGUAACUUUGACUCGUAAGGUAUCUGGAAGUGAUGCUAACUUGCUACAGAGUUGCUUCUCUCCUGGAGUAAUCAGUAUUGACUCGGAAGGUUGUGCAUUUGUUAAAGACGCCCGUUAUGACAUCUGCAGUAGAAAUGUUUUCAGAUAUGACAGUAUCAAAGAUGCAGUGAUACUAAGUAGAAUCCGAGACCAUUUUAUUUUUAAUGUGGAAUCAGUUGGAGCAUUACCGCCACACAUAAUCUUUAUUGAAGCAGUGAAAAUUCUAAGAAACAAGUGCAAAACACUUCUGGAGGAGUUAAAUAAAAUUUAAUGAUAAAUUUA